UGGGUACGAGUUGUAUGAAAGUCUCGCGAUUUGUCCCGCUGCAUGUUUUAUGGGGUAAAUGUUUUCAUCAAAUUGUCAGUUAGUUUUUUUUUGUGUGUGUCGGAAAAUUGCUAAAAAAUCGUGCAAAAAAAUGUGAAAAAUCAGUAAGAAGUACUUAAAGCCCAAGGUCGUUGAGAGACGCCAAAAAGUGUUGUCUGCGUCUGUGGCCAAAAGAGAAAUAGUAAUAUAAAUAAAAGUGGAAACAAUUUGAAUAAUUUUGCCAUAUUGCGCGGGUGGAAAAGGCACGAGGAAAUUGAAGAAAUUCCCAACAGACAGUGGUGUGGAAAGAGGAAGAUUUUACGUGAUAUUCUUGAGAGCAAACAUGCAGCAGCAUUAAGAAUGGAUUCAUCUUCGGAGGAUUUUGAUGAUUUGUGCAUAGAUCAGGAUCUCGAUGAUCUCGAUAAUAUCCCCGAAGAGGGGCAAAAGAAGCCACAUUUCCUCGAUUACGACGCAAUCCCACCCCCAGGGUUGGAGGAGGCGCCCGCAGCAACUGCUGCAGCGCAACAGAGUAGCUGCGAUGGGGCACGUGGGGGACUCUACCCGGGGGAGAGUGUGAAGAUUGAUAAGAAGUAUGAACGCGAUGGGGAGAUCAGUGACUAUGAAUUGGCUGCGUGUGAAUCCAUGCGAUUGCACCGGAAGGGUAAGAGUGAUGCCACAGCGGGCAGUGAGAGUGAGAUGCAGCAGCAACAGCACACGGGUACGCGGCGGAAGAAGAGCUUGUCGGCGGGCGGUGAGCGCGAGCACCAUAGCCUGGGACGGGAGAUGAAUCACCUCAAUCGUGUGACGGAGUUUGAGCAUCUCAAGUACGAGCGGAAGCAUUCGCUAGACCGUGAGCGUGGUCGGCGGACGAAGGAGAACUUUAUGGUGUCGUCAUUUCUCGAACAUCGAGACACACCGUCGACAUCGGGGCAUGUGUAUCGCGGUACUUGGCCCGCUGAUCGCCCGUCAGAUGUACGAACGGCCCUCAAUACAUCCCUCCCAGCUGGGGGUGUCUCGGACUUGGGACCAAAGGUGGAAUGUGUCUAUUCCUUACUCUCAAUGCUCGGUUCUCACGAUGCUGUUGAGAUGUCGUCGAAAUUCCUGGAAUUGUCUCGUUCGCCUGAGACAUGCGCCACCCUCCGUCGUUCGGGAUGUAUCCCACUCCUUGUGCAGAUGAUCCAUUCGGAUUCGGAUGAGGUGGCACGAAAGAAUGCCAGCAUGGCGCUCCACAAUGUUGUUCUGUGUCAUCCGGACGACAAGGCGGGACGGCGUGAGGUGAAAGUGUUGCGUCUCAUUGAGCACGUGAUGGAGUAUUGUAACUUCCUGAAGGCACUGAAACAGCCGCCGCCCAGUGAGGCAGUGGCGGAUGACACGGAACGUCAUCCGAGUCAGGCAAUUUCGAGUCUCAUGAAGAUCAGCUUCGAUGAGGAGCAUCGGCAUGCAAUGUGUCAGCUGGGUGCUUUGCAAACCAUUGCCAAUCUCGUGCAUCUCGAUCAUGCAGCUCAUGGGGCAAAAUCAGCGGAUCAACGGUGCAUUUCACUUCGUCGGUACGCUGGGAUGGCGCUGACGAAUCUCACAUUUGGCGAUGGGAACAAUAAAGCUCUCCUGUGUUCAAAUAAAGAUUUUAUGCGGGCACUUGUGGCUCAAUUGGAUUCCAGUGCGGAUGAUUUGCUUCAGGUUACGGCGAGUGUUCUGAGGAACCUAUCAUGGCGGGCGGAUGCAAAUAUGAUUUCCGUUCUAAAUGAAAUCGGCACCGUGACUGCCCUUACGCGGGCAGCAAUGAGGAAUAAGAUGGAGAACACCCUGAAGGCCAUUCUGUCGGCACUGUGGAACCUCUCGGCGCACUGUAGUGCCAAUAAGGCUGAAUUUUGUGCCGUUGAUGGGGCACUUGCCUUCCUCGUAGACAUGCUGACGUUCGAAGCGCCCAGUAAGACGCUGACAAUUGUCGAGAAUGCCGGUGGGAUCCUCAGGAAUGUCUCAAGUCACAUUGCCGUACGUGAGGAUUAUCGAAAGAUCCUCCGGCAGCGAGAUUGCCUCGGAAUCCUGUUGCAGCAACUGAAAUCUGAGAGUUUAACUGUCGUGAGUAAUGCCUGUGGGACAUUGUGGAAUCUCUCAGCACGCUGCCAGGAGGAUCAGAAGUAUCUGUGGGACAAUCAAGCUGUACCAAUGCUUCGGAGUCUCAUACACAGCAAGCACAAGAUGAUAUCAAAUGGAAGUAAUGCAGCCCUUAAGAAUCUCCUCAAUUUCCGCCCCGGGGUUGUUAAUCAAAUUGGCAUGGACUCAAUUACCAAGUCAAUGAACCUCAAGGAACUUCCAACACUCAAUGUACGGAAGCAGAGAGCGCUGGAGCAGGAAUUGGAUCAAAAUCUCGAGGAAACUUGUGAGAAUUUGGAUGUAACAACACCGCCGAAAGAGGAGAAAACUGUUCAGGAUUUUGCAAAUAUCGAUUUAAUUCAUCAAAGGGAUUUUGUCCAGAGGAUACGAUCAGACGCAGGGAAAGAGGACGCCGUGGCAACACCUCCAAUCAUCCCAAAAAGAACUUCCCUUACUGAGGUGGGAAAGAAACCCAUUCCGGCUGCAAGAAAACCCGAACCAACCCCGCGAAGGAAUGUGGCUCAACCCCAGCCAAUUGGCAAAGCCGUUGAAGCAUCAGCGGGGGCUUCUUUUGGGGAUUACCAAGAGACAGAUCUCGAUCAGAUUACAGACUAUUCCCUUCGCUAUGCGGAAAAUCAAUCAGAUGCCGAAGAGAAGGCUCCAUCCUCCGUGGCUGGGUCGUAUGGGAAUGAAAUUAUCCUUAUUCUCGAUGAUUCGGUGAAGUGUUACCAAACUGAGGGGACCCCCUAUGCCAUUUCCAAUGCUGCCUCAAUGAGUGAUCUCCGGCGGAAUCCCAAAGAUGAUGUGCCAACGAAGAGUGCAACGGUGUUUAGUAGUGGCAUCCAUACGCCCGAGAAGCCCGUGAAUUACUGCGAAGAGGGCACCCCCGGGUGCUUUAGCAGGGAAUUCAGUCAUCAUGGGUCACUGAGUAGCCUCGAAGGGGGCUCCCCACCUGCUUCGGCGUCCCGUGGAGAGCCACAACUGAAGGAUGACAGAGGAGGAGGCAAAGUGAAGGAGCCGAAUGUGGGGGAUGUGGCUGAAAGUGGGGCAAAUAGUGCAGGAGCAGCGGGUAGUGGGAAUACCCCAAAAGCCGUGACAUUUGUCGAUAAUGCCCAAGAGACGCCGCUCAUGUUUUCACGCACGAGCUCCAUUGAGUCCCUUUCGAGUGUUGAGCCAAACAUUGGGGAUGACAGGAGUUCCGUUGUGAGUGAAUUUAGUCGACUGGCCAGCGGCAUAAUCUCUCCAUCGGAACUUCCGGAUUCUCCAACACAGAGUAUCCCACAGUCACCACGUCGUACACAUCAAGAUGCAUCGGCUGCUCACCCACAGGCAGCUGCAUCAACAACUCCACGGCUCCGGAGUGUCUUUGAGGAUGAAACGAAUGCAUUUGGCAUUGAGAAUACCCCAGCGCAAUUUUCCUGCGCAACGAGUUUGAGUAAUUUGAGCCUCGACGAUGAACCGAAGAUUGUUACGGAUUGCCUCACGAAGGAGAUGCGUUUGAUUAAUCAUCCAAGUGAGGAGCAAGAGGAUGAGGAGGGAGGAGAUCAAGCGGAAGCUGCUGGUGGACUGUUGUCCAGCAAUGGUGAGAAUCCGAAUAAUUCUGAGACGAGUUUCCGCGAAGAGUUGGGUGCAUCAGAUGGCGAAGAUGCAGCCAAUGAUGAGAUUCUUUUGGCGUCGUGCAUUAAUAUGGGAAUGAAUCGUAAAGCUCCGGAAGGAGAGACAUCAGCGGGGAGUAAGGUGACCCCACCGGAAGCCCGGAAUACGGAUACAGUGAAGCAGUACUGUACGGAAGAUACGCCGGCGUUCCUCUCAAAGGCGGCAAGUAAUUCGGAUUUGAGUGUUUUGUCAUUGGAUACAAAUCGCUGUGAAGCAGUAGCGUCAGAUAGUUCAUCCGAUGGGGGCUGUGAGAAUCUCUUGCAGGAAUGCAUAAGGGAUGGAAUGGGAGCAGCAGCUGCAAGUAUGCCCCUUUGCAAGGAGAAUCCCAUUGAGAUGUUGCGAAGUGGAUCAAUUCUUCCCCCUUAUUUGCCUGUUCGUGAUGAAAUUCAGCAGUUUGCCCCACCAGUUGAGGGGACUCCAUGCAAUUUUAGCAUUGUCUCCGGGCUGUCAGAUAUUACAGUUGGUUCCGGAGUAGCAGGAUUGGCCAAGAUUAAGAGGUCACCACAAAAGGAUCCAAAUGUGAAUCAGGCACAGCAGCAGCAACAGCCUUCCGGAGAGGAUUCUCUAAGUUCGAUUUCCGUUGAUUCCGAAGAUGAUACAAAUCUUCUGAGUCAGGCAAUUGCAGCUGGAAGCAACCCGUCGCGUCCUACGACAUCAGCCACAAAGGGCACCACUACGGGGUCGGUUUUCACAAUUCAAACAGCUUUAAUUAGCAACAACAUCCCCCUGACGUUGGAGGCAACAAAUGAUUCGUACAGUUCCAUUGAAUCGUGCGAAUCAACGGACAAUCAUGCUCAAUUGUUGGAGCAAUGUAUUCGCACCGGGAUGGGGCAGGAUGUAAAUAGGAAUCCCAGCGGUAAUCGAGCAAAGGUGGCGCAGGGGAGCAGUACGAGUAUGCCGGCGUCGCCGAAGAAAUCUCAAUUGCCGCAGUUGAAGACAAAUCAAUCACGGUAUGAUCGACACAAGGAGCGUGAGAGGAAGGAUGAGCAAUUGCUGAAAGAAUGCAUUAGCAUUGGGAUGGGGAAGGAAGCAGCAGUAGCAACAACGGUGAAAGUAAGACGGACAAGUGAACGCAGUGUGGGUGCCACAGUGGUGGGAAUUGAGAGACAGAUGCCAAAAAACGGGGAGACUACGUCUGUAGCUGUGGUGGAUUCAGUAGGUGCCCCCAGCACAGCUCCAGACGUAGAGAUGGAAUCCCGCGGCGACCAAAGAGGACAAAGAAAAAAUCCACAACAACUCACACCACGUGCUCAAAGGCGUUCCAAAUUGACGGACACAAAUGGGUCUGAUGUCUUCACGUUUGACCACCACCACAGGGAUAAUCCUCUUGAGCGCUCAAAUGAAUAUCCAGCCCAAAAGCUUCACAUUGAAGACAUUGAGGAUUCCCUGCAUGAAUCCUCAUUUGACAUGGAGAUUUCCAAUGAAUUUCUCAUGGAAAACAUUAUUGAUGUGAACACUCCAACAACAACAACGUCAGCAGCUGCUGCUCCUGCUCCUAAAGUGGACAAGCACAAAGACCCGGAUCUUAUGCUAAAAUCCGUCGAUAGAUUGACGCAGGUUCUCGUGGCGCAGGCGGAAUUCUUGCGCUCAUCUAAUCACGCAGAUGAUCCAUCGACGUAUGAGAAGAAGUCAAGUUCAACGACAAAUACAUGGAAUGAGGAUACCUGCCCGAAUGAUGUGUCCUUCCCAACACUCAGCAUGACGGCACCCAUGAUUGGUUCAAUGGACGACGAUACAACAUUCAGUGAUUUAUCGCGUGGGAAGAAUGCCCUUCCGCUUGAGGAGGAAGCAACGCCAACCAAUGAAAGGCGUGAAUUCACCGAAACAUGCAAAUUCACAGCAGCUCCACUCUCAAAUGGAUGCGAAGAACUCCGGACAAUCCUCACGAAUGCAGAUCUCGAGAAGACGCUUAGGUAUGAUUACAACGAGAGUGAAGGCUUUGUAUCGCAACCGGACUCAAUGGACACAGAUACGGAGACAGUUGUAAAUAGUUUGGAGAAUGGAAUUAAUUUUCAAGUUGGUGGAGAAGUUGUUUCAGCCAUAGCCCACGAUCCUGCUCACUUUAUCACCUCCUCCUCCUCCUCCGCGGGGCCAAUGAGCUUUGACCCAUCGAGUUCAAUGACAAAUUCCACAAUCAUUGCACUUGAGGCGAAGAAGAUUGUGUCAGAGUUGCAGGCUUACAAUGCAAUGACGGAGAGUGCAACGAGCUUUGAUUUGGAGAAUGUUCGUCCCCCAUCGGGGAUGGAUAGUUUGAGUGCAAUGUCGGGGUGCUACGAUGUGCCACAGAGCCCCAAUUUGUCGGCACGGGCACGCAAGAGAUCCCUUCCGCCGGGAUUGUUGGCACGGAGGGCUCUUGGGGGGCAUAUUAUGACAAAUGGGAGUUUAGAGAGUAUUAAUUCAGCGUGCAAUUUGGACAGUGUUGCUCCGCCGUCGGGAAUGGAUGAGCUGCUGGAUUCGAUGAUUUCUGUGGCGAGUAUUACGUCAGAGGUGGCCCCAUUGGGGGAUGCUGUGACCUAUUCGAAUUACGAGACAGCUGCUAGUGAGAUGGAUGAUACGUUGAUGAGUACGUGGCAGGAGGUGUCGAGUGAUGCUACGCCAAUUCCGUCGGAUUUUAGUAGUGCUGAAUCAACGCCGAAGAAAGGGAAGAAUGGCAGGAAGCUUCUCACGCCGAAGCAACGAAGGAAGGUGCGAAGUGAUCGGUAUAGGACGUAUGUGAUCACCGCUGAUGGUCAGACGUCUCAGGCAACAGAUGUUGAAUCAAUUGAUGAUGAUGCUGGUGAAGAAAUGCUCGAAGGGGAAGGUGAUGAAGGAAGCCCCAGCAAGAGAUUGCUACGGAAACAACGUCGUGAAGAGGAUCGUUCACGUUUCAAAACACACACAUUGGAUUCACCAACAAUUCCCCAACUUUUGCACCAAGUAAAUGGAGGCGAAUUCGAAGGCUCAAACGCCCUCAAAGGAGCAAAUGGCCACCAAGAGGUCAUCCAGGGGGAGGAAUCAAAUGACGAUGGAGACGAUUUAUCCUCCAUUCGUGCUCUCACUGCACGUUUCAAGCACUUAAGUGAUCUCAAAGCCCCGGAAAGUCAUCAAAUUCCCACGGAUUUGAGUAGUUUGGACUACGAACAGAAUUCUGGCACAGAAUCGUGUGAUCAAAAUGCCCGAACGGAUAGCAAUGAAUCCCUGAUAAAGGGAGGGAAAGCACGGAUUGUUGUACGAGCUACCAGCACGGAAAGGAGUGAGGAUAGUGCAGAAGGGCAGGAAGGACGAGCCGUGCGUGGAAGGAAGAAAGCUCCCUACGUAUCGCCCUAUCGUCGUUCCGUUGUAUCUUCCUCCAAAUCUUCCUCACAAUCCGCCUCGCCAACAAAGAGUGUCUCCCCAGCUUCCGGAAAAGCCGCUCCUCCAGCGCAGUCAACGAGUCGCACGAAUUUAGCCACAAAAGCCGCACAAGAUGUGAAAAAAGUCAAAAUGCAACCAAAUUCAAGUAAAACAGCAACGUCGAAAGAUCAGGGAAUUGUCGCGAAAACGUCAAAUUUCAUCCAAAAAGCCAAUUUAACGAAUAAAAUUAAUUCAAUUAAAUCCGGUCUCGUCCGGCCCGGGUUCACAAACAAAGCCAAUGUCAUUGAGAAGAAUAUUAUAAAUAAAUUCAAGUCUUCCACACCGGCAGGGAAGCAAAGCAAGGAGGUAGCAGCAACUACUGCCUCCUCAUCGCCUCCACCGCGUGCUCUCGAGCGUCAGAGUACGUUUACCAAAGAUGAGCCAUCGAGCCCCAAUGUGCCCAUUGUAACGACCUCUGACCCCGGUUCACCGUGUAGGCCAUCAAAGCUCCCGGCUAAAACGAGCUUUAUCUCAAAGCUCCGAACUCCAUUGCAAAAGAGCGCAACAGUGGACUUGAAGCCAUCAAAUGGCAUCAAAACUAAUCCAGCAGCAAGUCGUGCAACGUCCUCCACGGGCGUCGAAGCAAAAAGACGCGCAUUUGGCGUCUAUAAAUCCCCAAGUGUUCCAACAGUUGGGGCAGCAAAGAAGGAAGGAGUUAAAGGUACGCCAACGCCCAAAAAGGACAUCGGAAGCAGAAUUGCUGGUCUCUGGAAGAAAAAUAAUGAUGACCAGAAGAAGACACCAAAAGUCUCUCCGAAAGCACAAGCGGCACGUGAGAGUGCCCCCACACAGGUCACAUCAAGCAGCAUCCCAUCAAAGUUAAAAUUGGUGCGAAGCUCAACAUUCGAAAGCUCCCCAUCGAGCACAAUUGAGCGUUUUACGCAGAUUUCAGCUGGAAUCCGCAACAGUACGGGGAAGGCCCAAACAUCCCGCAUUGGGGUGAUGAAGAGUCCAUCGAGUAGUGCAAUAAAGAAUAUUUCCGACACGGAUGGCGUUGUGCGACGUCAAAAAGCCCCCGCAAAUGGUGAUGGAGAUGCAACAAAGAGAAUUUCUCGCCUUGGUAGCUUUAUCAAUGUCGACGGAGAUUGUCAAGUUGUGGGAUAAAAAAAAAGAGAGAGAAAUUCUCUCUCAAAGAGGAAUUUGCGAUGACUAACAUAGAGGAAAAGGGGGUAAGAAUCUAUAAAACUUUUAAAUAAUUUUUUUUCUGAGAAAAGAAAAAUUUUUUGGGCACAAAAAAGGGUCGCGACGGGCGAUUUUAUUCAUCUUAUAUAUAUAAAAAAAAUAUUUAAAGAAAAUGCUUGUCCCUUUUAAGAAAUACCUAAAACUAUAUACAUAUAUAAUGUCUCUCUUUGUGGUAGUGAAAGUAGCAAGAGUGUUAUUUGUACUAUAAGAUUUUCCCCAAAAAAAAAAUUUUGCUAGUAAAAAUGGCACAGAAGGGUUAAAAAAAUUCGAUGAAGAAGCUUUUGCAAAAGUUUGAAGUUUUGCUUCUUUUCUUCUUCUCCCUCCCACAAAAAAUGUGUUGGAUCUUCUCUUCUUUUCCACCUUCUCGUGUCAAUUUGAGAGGAAAAGGAGAAAACUAAUCCUGCAUAGUUCUGAUCUCAUUGGGAAGAAGAUAAGAAAGCUCUUCCCGCAAAAAAAAGAGAGUCUUCAUCGACCUAAAAGAAAACCUCUUUUGUGCCUUUUCCCAUUUUGUCUUUAUUAAGGAAAAAAUAAAUAUCAAAAUUUCGCGUGAAAGUAGCAAGUGACAAACAACAUUUACAAAAUACUAUAAAUUCUAUCUAAGUAGGUAGUACUAAAUUUAAGCUUAAAAUUAAGAUUUAAUUAUUUACAUAAGAGAUAAUAAAAAAGAAAUGUAUUUAGAUCGAAAUUCUAAGUUUAAGAUAAGAUUACAAAUUGUAAACUACCCAA